AUGGUCAAGAAAGUCGGGAAGUACGAGAUCGGCAAGACGCUGGGUGAAGGAACCUUCGGAAAAGUCAAGUAUGCGGUGAACACGGAGACGGACGAGCGCGUGGCCAUCAAGGUGCUGGACAAGGAGAAGAUCCAGAAGCAGAACAUGGGCGCCCAGAUCAAGAAGGAGAUCUCCAUCAUGAAGAUGGUGCGCCACCGGCACGUGGUGGUGCUCAAGGAGGUGCUGGCGAGUCGCACCAAGAUUUUCAUCGUGCUGGAGCUCAUCACGGGCGGCGAGCUGUUCGACAAGAUCGUGAGCGAAGGAAGGUUCAGCGAGGAUACGGCGCGCUUCUACUUCCGCCAGCUCGUGGACGGCGUGCAGUACUGCCACGAGAACGGCGUCUGCCAUCGCGACCUGAAGCCGGAGAACUUGCUGCUGGACGAGAAUGGAGACCUGAAGAUCUCAGACUUCGGUCUCUCGGCGCUGUACGAGGGCGGCGGCCCGGACGGCCCCGAGAGCUCUCGCGCUUCACUGCUGCACACGACGUGCGGCACGCCCAACUACGUGGCUCCUGAAGUCCUGGCCGACAAGGGCUACGACGGCCGCGCUGCUGAUGUGUGGUCCAUGGGCGUUAUCCUGUAUGUGCUGCUGGCUGGAUUCCUGCCGUUCGAUGAACCGACCAUGUCGGCGCUGUUCCGCAAGAUCCAGAAGGCCGAGUUCUCGUACCCAAGCUGGUUCACUCCGCGCGUUAAGGCGCUGCUGAACCGCAUUCUGGUGCCUGAUCCGGAGACGCGUAUUACCAUCAAGGAGAUCCUGCGCGACGAGUGGUUUGUGAACGCUAACGGCUCGGACGAGCAGGUGGCCCCGGCCGCUGGACCGGGCACGAUUAGCGCGGAGUUGGCGGCUGCUCCGGUUCCGAGCCCCGUUGACCACAUGACUAUUAAGCCGAGCCAGGCCGAUCUGGACGCAGCUAUCCUGGAGCACCAGGACGAGAUUAACUCGGGCAAGAAGGAGAAGCCGGACGGCGGUCUGAAGGUGAUGAACGCAUUCGACCUCAUCAACAUGUGCGGCGGCAUGGCUCUGAACCGCAUGUUCCAGAGCAAUGACGAGAAGCGAGUGAAACGGUCGACGCAGUUCACGUCAACCAUCCCGGCGGCGAGCAUCAUGACUCGCCUGACGGGCCACUUGGAGAGUCUCCACUGCGAGAUCAACGUGGAGAACUCGUCCAAGGUGAAGGCGGUGUUGCAGACACCCAAGGGCGCCGUCGGCGUUGUGAUCCAGAUCUUCAUGCUCGCAGACAGCCUCCACUUGGUGGAGGUGCGUCGUGGCAAGGGUGAUAUCUUCGAGUACCACAAGUUCUACACGCAGUUGAACGAGCAGAUGAAGGAUCUGAUUGCGGCUGGCAGCAGUUGA